UGUGGAAGGUCUGGCGCACCUGAUGAUGGGAGACCAAGGUAAAAGUAAAGGAAAAGAAGAAUAUAUUGCCACUUUCAAGGGAUCUGAAUACUUCUGCUACGACUUGUCUCAAAACCCCAUUCAAAGCAGCAGCGAUGAAAUAACUCUGUCCUUUAAAACCCUUCAGAGGAAUGGACUGAUGCUUCACACCGGAAAAUCAGCUGAUUAUGUCAAUCUUGCCCUGAAAAAUGGAGCUGUCUCUCUGGUCAUUAAUUUGGGAUCAGGGGCCUUUGAAGCGCUAGUGGAGCCCGUGAAUGGAAAGUUUAAUGAUAAUGCCUGGCAUGAUGUGAAAGUCACCAGGAAUCUGCGUCAGCACUCAGGCAUUGGACACGCUAUGGUAAACAAACUACAUUGUUCGGUGACAAUAUCAGUGGAUGGGAUUCUUACCACAACGGGCUACACACAAGAAGAUUAUACCAUGCUGGGGUCUGAUGACUUUUUCUAUGUUGGAGGCAGUCCCAGCACAGCAGACCUCCCUGGGUCCCCAGUCAGUAACAACUUCAUGGGCUGUCUCAAAGAGGUGGUGUAUAAAAAUAACGACGUAAGGCUGGAAUUAUCGAGACUUGCCAAGCAAGGUGACCCUAAAAUGAAGAUCCACGGCGUGGUGGCUUUUAAAUGUGAAAACGUUGCCACAUUAGACCCAAUCACCUUUGAAACCCCAGAGUCUUUCAUCUCUUUGCCCAAAUGGAACGCGAAGAAAACAGGCUCCAUAUCAUUCGACUUCCGUACAACAGAGCCCAAUGGCCUGAUCUUAUUUAGCCAUGGCAAGCCAAGACAUCAGAAGGAUGCGAAGCAUCCGCAGAUGAUAAAGGUGGACUUCUUCGCGAUUGAGAUGCUGGACGGCCACCUGUACCUCCUCCUGGACAUGGGGUCAGGUACCAUAAAGAUAAAAGCCCUGCAGAAGAAAGUGAAUGACGGGGAGUGGUAUCACGUGGACUUCCAGAGAGAUGGACGGUCAGGUACCAUUUCUGUCAACACACUGCGAACGCCCUAUACUGCCCCCGGUGAGAGCGAGAUUCUGGAUCUGGACGAUGAGCUGUACCUAGGAGGCCUGCCAGAAAAUAAGGCUGGCCUUGUCUUCCCCACGGAGGUGUGGACCGCUCUGCUCAACUACGGCUACGUGGGCUGCAUCCGGGAUCUAUUCAUUGAUGGCCAGAGCAAAGACAUCCGGCAAAUGGCUGAGGUUCAAAGCACUGCUGGAGUGAAGCCCUCCUGCUCCAGGGAGACCGCAAAACCGUGCCUUAGCAAUCCUUGCAAAAAUAAUGGCAUGUGCAGGGAUGGGUGGAACAGAUAUGUCUGUGAUUGUUCUGGAACAGGCUACCUUGGCAGGUCCUGUGAGAGAGAGGCGACGGUUUUGAGCUAUGAUGGGAGCAUGUUUAUGAAAAUCCAGCUCCCGGUGGUGAUGCACACCGAGGCUGAGGAUGUGUCCUUGCGCUUCCGAUCCCAGCGCGCCUACGGCAUUCUGAUGGCCACCACGUCCAGAGAUUCUGCGGACACCCUCCGGCUGGAGCUGGACGCGGGCCGCGUGAAACUGACGGUCAACCUAGAUUGUAUCAGGAUUAACUGUAAUUCCAGCAAAGGUCCCGAGACCCUUUUUGCUGGCUAUAACCUCAAUGAUAACGAGUGGCACACCGUGCGUGUGGUCCGUCGGGGAAAGAGCUUAAAGUUAACGGUGGACGACCAGCAGGCCAUGACAGGCCAGAUGGCGGGUGACCACACAAGGCUGGAGUUCCAUAACAUAGAGACGGGCAUCAUCACGGAGCGCCGGUACCUGUCCUCGGUGCCCUCCAACUUCAUCGGGCACCUACAGAGCCUGACGUUUAACGGAAUGGCGUACAUCGACCUGUGCAAAAACGGUGACAUAGAUUACUGUGAGCUCAAUGCCAGGUUCGGCUUCAGGAACAUCAUAGCAGACCCCGUCACCUUCAAGACCAAAUCCAGCUAUGUUGCCUUAGCUACGCUGCAAGCCUACACUUCUAUGCAUCUUUUCUUCCAGUUCAAGACCACAUCUUUAGAUGGCCUAAUUCUCUAUAAUAGCGGGGACGGAAAUGACUUCAUUGUGGUGGAACUGGUGAAAGGAUACUUACACUACGUGUUUGAUUUGGGAAACGGUGCUAACCUCAUCAAAGGGAGCUCAAACAAACCUCUCAACGACAAUCAGUGGCACAAUGUGAUGAUAUCAAGGGACACCAGCAAUCUCCACACUGUAAAAAUUGACACAAAAAUCACGACGCAGAUCACUGCUGGAGCCAGGAACUUAGACCUCAAGAGUGACUUGUACAUAGGAGGAGUGGCUAAAGAAACCUACAAAUCCUUGCCAAAGCUCGUCCAUGCCAAGGAGGGCUUUCAGGGCUGCCUGGCCUCCGUUGACCUGAAUGGACGGCUCCCGGACCUCAUCUCAGACGCUCUCUUCUGCAAUGGCCAGAUUGAGAGGGGAUGCGAAGUUGCAUUGAUGAAAGCUGACUUGCAAGGUCCCAGCACAACCUGCCAGGAGGACUCGUGCUCCAACCAGGGCGUGUGCUUGCAGCAGUGGGAUGGCUUCAGCUGCGACUGCAGCAUGACUUCCUUCAGCGGGCCGCUCUGCAAUGACCCUGGGACAACAUAUAUCUUUAGCAAAGGUGGUGGACAAAUCACAUAUAAGUGGCCUCCUAACGACCGGCCAAGUACACGAGCAGACAGACUGGCUAUAGGGUUUAGCACUGUGCAGAAGGAGGCUGUUUUGGUGCGCGUGGACAGUUCUUCAGGCUUGGGUGACUACCUAGAGCUGCAUAUACACCAAGGAAAAAUUGGAGUUAAAUUUAAUGUUGGGACAGAUGACAUCGCCAUUGAAGAGUCUAAUGCAAUCAUUAAUGAUGGGAAGUACCAUGUAGUGCGUUUCACGAGGAGUGGUGGCAAUGCCACGUUACAGGUGGACAGCUGGCCGGUGAUCGAGCGCUACCCAGCAGGGAACAAUGAUAACGAGCGCCUGGCGAUUGCUAGACAGCGAAUUCCAUAUCGACUUGGUCGAGUAGUUGAUGAAUGGCUACUCGACAAAGGGCGUCAGCUCACAAUCUUCAAUAGCCAAGCAACCAUAAUAAUUGGCGGGAAAGAGCAGGGCCAGCCCUUCCAGGGCCAGCUCUCUGGGCUUUACUACAAUGGCUUGAAAGUUCUGAAUAUGGCAGCUGAGAACGAUGCGAACAUCGCCAUAGUGGGAAAUGUGAGACUAGUUGGUGAAGUGCCUUCCUCCAUGACGACGGAGUCGACAGCCACGGCCAUGCAGUCAGAGAUGUCCACCUCAAUCAUGGAGACCACCACGACCCUGGCCACAAGCACCGCAAGGAGAGGAAGGCCCCCCACGAAAGAGCCCGUCAGCCAGACCACAGAUGACAUCCUCGUGGCUUCUGCAGAGUGUCCAAGCGAUGACGAGGACAUCGACCCCUGUGAGCCAAGCUCAGGUGGGUUAGCCAACCCAACCCGAGUGGGCGGGAGGGAGCCGUACCCUGGCUCUGCAGAAGUGAUCCGGGAGUCCAGCAGCACCACGGGCAUGGUUGUCGGGAUCGUGGCCGCAGCCGCCCUGUGCAUCCUCAUCCUUCUCUACGCCAUGUACAAGUACAGGAACCGGGAUGAAGGCUCGUACCACGUGGAUGAGAGCCGAAACUACAUCAGUAACUCGGCACAGUCUAACGGGGCCGUGGUGAAGGAGAAGCAGCCCAGCAGCGCGAAGAGCGCCAACAAAAACAAGAAAAACAAGGAUAAAGAGUAUUACGUCUGAUCCCGGGAUCUGAAAAGGACACUUGUAUAGAAAUAGUCUUCAUUUUACCUGAGACAUAAUAUAAACUUAUUUACUUUCCUUUUUAUGAAGCACAUACAAAAGAAGACAGGGAAUGCAAUCAGGAGGGAAAGACUGUUUUUAAAAAAAAAAAACAAAAACAAAAACAAAGCAAAACAAGUAUCUCAUGCUCUUGUUUCUCAAAAAAUCAAACAAACAAAAAAACCAAAAAACAAAAAAAAAAAAAAGAGAGAAAAAGAAAAACACAGGGGCCAAUAAAUUCCCUAAUAUCCACAGUGUUUUCAUUUACUCUGCCUGUCUUUAUGUUGCUGGAACAUUUCUAAAAGACAGUGAUGACCGCGCGCAUUCAUAGAGCAAAGGAGUGUGACAGCAUCGAGGCACAACCCCAAAACAACACAAAACAUAACACAAAAAAGAAGCUACCUAUGAUCCUGGAUUUAGCCGAAGUGCUAGCGCUUUCCUGAGAGGUCAGUUAGUUUGAUGGCCAGAGAAGACUUGUCCUCCUGAGGGACGCAACCCGCAAACCUCUCAGAGUUUGCGGCCUGGUGCAGCUGGAGCAGUGGUUGGAACUUGCGUUUCGUACAAAGUGCUGGCUUUUUUGAAGACUUGUGUAGGAACACAUUCAAAAAGCCCCUUUCUGAUUGUGCAAGAAAAAAAAAAUGUACGGAGGCCUUAUUUUCAAAAAUGUGAAAUAUAAGGCACAUUUUCACACUAAAAUUUCCAGACAAAAAUAAGAGGGCAUAGAUGCAAUCAUUGGGAAAUUUUCAUGCACGCUUACUAUGUUAUUACAUAUGUUUAUAUAAAACCCAUCUCUGUGUGCUUUCUGGACUGUGAUAAGUGACGUUUUAUAGCCUGUUGUAUAGAAAAUGCAAAAUAUAUCUCUGCUCUUCAGCCAUUUUUGGUAAAUUCAAUGUUAUAAGUGUUGCUAAGUAUAGGGAGUUUUAUGACAUCAGAGCAACAAUUAUUUCAGUCAGAUUUUUUUUGCCACCAUUAUAAAUUGCCACAAUUACUUACUUUUUUAAAAAAAUUACAGUGUAGUGUUUAUUCUAAGAAAGAUAUGUAUGAAUGUAUAUACAGACUCAGCUAAUUUUUUUCUUACAUGUACAGCCUUCAUUCUGUUGCAGUUAAGUUUUAGUAUUUGUAUGAGAGGUGUGAAUUAGAAGGUAAAAUAUAUACAUAUAUAUCUUAUAAUCUUUUCUCCCCCAAAUACUCACAUCCCUACAUGUGUGCACCAUUUGCAAACACACACACACACACACACACACACACACCAUGAGGAAUCCAUCAGAUAUGACGGAAGACCCAAACUGCACUUGAUCUUAGCCAAAAGGCAGAGGAGUGAUUAGAAGACCUACACUGAAAAGCAGGCAGAAAGAUAGUUGUGCCAACGUAUAUGACAAAUGGGGUGAUUUGCUUCACGGAGCUCUUGCUCCCAGGAGAACUAGAGAAGAUUUUAGUCCCUAAGGAAAUGGAACCUUUUCUUAUCAAAUACAAUAUCCCUGGUAUACUUCCGUAUGAGUGUCAACCAUUUUGUGGGUAGGUUAUGGAAGUAAAGUUGGUAAUCUACACCUUAACUCUGGCUGCUGCAAUUGAAAAGUUGGUUUCCAAUAAAGUAAUAUAUAUAUAGUCUCUGACCUGAUGUGCAUGAUAAAACUUUUUGGAAAGUAACUACUUUCUCAACUAAAAAAGUAUUUUCAAUCAUUUUUGAUUCUGUAUUACUACCCAUUUAAAAACUUCUCUUUAUAUUGAUUUUUGACUAAAUUUUAACUUUUCUGGUUUAUAUCUAUAUCAUUAAAUAUAGUUUUAGCUUAACAUGCAUUAAAUAGUAAGAAAGUACAGAUUACUCACUUGUUUUUGCAUUUUGUUUUGAUGAUGUUCAUAGCAAUAAAUUAUUAGAAUGAGAAGGUAAAGCCAUGGAAGAGCAUUAUUUGGAUGGAAGGUAAAAAUUGGUCACAUUACUUGAACAUCUCCUAAAAUGAUAUUAGAUUUCAUACAAGACAAGAAUACCUUUAGAGUUAGCUUUAAUCAGCAAAGGCAAAAAAUGCAAAACAUUUUUGUGAUAUUUUAGUUAAUGGAAAAUGCCAAGAAGUGGCCUGGAUUUCAGACAUAUAGUACCUUAGACAUAUGAAUAAUUCAUAGCAAAUCACCAUUGUCUAUGAUUGCCAAGUAACUAUGUAAGAAGAACCUUAAAGGCUUUUUCAUGACCCAGAAAGUAGAUGGUGUACAACUAAAAUUUAAUAUCCAUUACUUGAGUUUCAAGUUUUCAUCUCUUUUUCAUUUGCCAGGUUAAAGAACUCACAAGUCUUUUUCCCCCACCUCUCUCAUUCCGUCUUACUCAGGGAAAGUCGGCGAAAUAAAAAGGUAAUAUAAAACCACUAAUUUACAGCUUGGGUUUAAAAAGCUGGUUUCUUUUCCAUUUGAUCUAGUGAAUUUGAGCUAGCUUCAUCUGAAAAGAUUCUAACACUAUUUAAAAAAACCAAGUAGUGAUAUAUCAGUGAAGCAUGACAUUAGGAUUGCUUUCAAUGUUUCUUUCCAACAUAAAUUUUAAGCUUUCAUGCAAUGAUAUGAUCUAAUAUUGCCAGUAAGAUAUGUCUAAUGUUAUUGGCCAACUCAAAAAUCUAGCUGUUUUUCUUUUCCUGACUGGAGAAAGAAAAGAGAGGAGAUGAGUUAGGGAGAGAAAAAGAUUAAUACAAUCUGAGACUCUUCAUACCAAAUGUAUCAGGGUUCACUCACAGUUUAAAUAAAGGAUUUCACACUACCUGGCGUAAAUUUGAUUACAUCUCUAGACUGUAACUUUUAUGAUUGAGUAUGCUUCUUUUUUAUCCAUGUAAUGUGUUGCCUUUAAAAAAAAAAACCAAAAAAAACGGACAACUACUAUAACAAUGUGUGAGGUGGCCAAUCCCUAAGGCAUCAAAGAGAGGCCACGUGAUCUUACCCUUCUAGUGCUUUGUGUGAUUGGGUAUCUAAGGGGUUUGUUUUGUUUUGUUUUUCUGUUGCAAGGCCAAUUUAUCCAUUAUUGGAAAUGCUAAGCAAGUGGAAUUUACUGUUUUGUUAAUAAAAUAUUUCUUAAUACAA